AUAGCUUUACGCCUCGCAAAAGAGGCACCAUUAGAGCAAAGAAAAGAAAAGAAUCAAGCUUCCCGGACCCUCUUUCUCUUCCCUUAACCGAGGCAAGCGCUCUUAGUACCCAUGCCCCCCAUUCAAACGGCUUUUUCUUUCUGAAACCAACGGCUAGUCUCUGGAAAACAAAGAAGAGGAGGAAACAAAGCAGCGGAAGCCGGGAGUGAGGACAAGAGGAGAUGGACUUCAACUCCUUUCUGACGUCGCUGGGGACGUCCUUCCUCAUCUUCGUGGUGUUGAUGCUUCUGUUCGCGUGGCUCUCCAGGAGGCCCGGCAACGAGGUGGUGUACUACCCCAACCGAGUCCUCAGAGGGCUGGACGCAUGGGAGGGGAGGAGGAGAACGAGAAACCCAUUCGCUUGGAUCCAAGAGGCCUUCAGCGCCACCGAGGCCGAUGUCGUCGAGGCGGCCGGCGUCGAUGCCGCUGUCUAUUUGAUUUUCCUCGGUUCCGUUCUUGGGAUAUUGGUGUUCUCUGGCAUCGUGCUGCUUCCAGUUCUUCUUCCAGUUUCUGGAACCGAUCAUAAUGUGAAGGCGCAUGCUCAGAACAGUAAUGGGACCUUCAAUGAUCUUGACAAGCUAUCAAUGGGAAAUGUCCAAGAAAAAAGUCCAAGGUUGUGGGCAUUUUUGCUUGGAACAUAUUUGAUUUCUUUUGUCACCUUUUAUAUGCUAUGGAAAUCCUACAAGCAUGUCUCCGAUCUGAGAGCUGCAGCAAAAUCAAGUCCAGAAGUGAAACCUGAGGAGUUUGCCAUACUUGUGAGAGACAUUCCUAGUGCUCCACCAGAUCAGACCAUAAAAGAACAGGUUGACUCAUAUUUCAGAACACUCCAUCCAGAAACCUUCUACAGGUCAUUGGUGGUGACAGACAACAAAAAGGUCAACAAAAUUUGGGAAGAGAUAGAAGGUUACAAAAAGAAACUUGCUCGUGCUGAAGUUGUGUAUGCAGAAUCUAAAUCUACAAGCAAGCCAAAUGGCACAAGACCUACCAAUAGAACUGGCUUUCUUGGUCUUAUAGGUGCAAAAGUUGAUACUAUUGAUUAUUGCAACGAGCAAAUUAAGGAACUGCUGCCUAAAUUAGAAGCUGAACAGAAACUCACUCUCAGAGAGAAACAGCAAGCAGCAGCCCUGGUUUUCUUCAAUAAAAGGCCAGCUGCAGUUUUGGCCUCCCAGACCAUCCAUGCUCAGAUGCUCGAUAGAUGGACUGUGAUGGAAGCUCCGCAGCCAAGUCAGUUACUAUGGAAAAAUUUGCCAAAGAAGUUAUAUGAGAGGGAGGUACGACAGUCUAUUGUCUAUGGUGUUGUCUUUCUGAUUGUGGUCUUCUACAUGAUCCCAAUUUCAUUCAUCUCUGCAAUUACAACCAUGGAGAACUUGAGGAAGCUGCUUCCCUUCUUGAAGGUUAUAGUAGACCGAACUGCAAUUAAGACAGUUUUAGAAGCUUAUCUGCCUCAGCUUGCACUUAUUAUCUUCUUGGCUUUGCUUCCAUCGUUCCUCAUGUUUCUGUCAAAGGCAGAGGGAAUCCCUUCUGAGAGCCAUGCAGUACGAGCUGCCUCGGGGAAGUACUUUUACUUCAUCAUAUUCAAUGUCUUCCUCGGAGUUACAAUUGGUGGAGCACUGUUUAGUUCUCUGAAGACCAUUAUAGAUCAUCCCAAACAAAUUGUUAGUAUGCUUGGGACGAGCCUGCCUGCAAGUGCAACCUUCUUUCUUACAUUUGUCGCUCUGAAAUUUUUUGUUGGAUAUGGGCUUGAGCUUUCUCGUUUGGUUCCUCUGAUUAUCUUCCAUCUGAAAAGGAAGUUUCUUUGUAAGACUGAAGCUGAGGUGAAAGAGGCAUGGGCCCCUGGAGACUUUGGUUAUGCUACUAGAGUUCCCAAUGACAUGCUUAUCGUAACGGUUGUCCUCUGUUAUUCAGUAAUAGCUCCUCUGAUCAUUCCCUUUGGUGUUGUAUAUUUUGCCCUUGGUUGGCUUAUUGCGCGAAAUCAGGCACUGAAAGUUUAUGUCCCAAAGUACGAGAGCAAUGGGCGAAUGUGGCCUCACAUGCACUCAAGAAUUCUUGCAGCUCUGAUCAUCUACCAAGUCACCAUGUUUGGCUUCUUUGGGUUGAAGAAAUUCAUUUAUGCUCCAUUUAUGUUGCCCCUGAUCAUAUUAUCCUUCAUUUUUGCUUUUGUAUGCAAAAAACGUUUCUACCUUGCCUUCUACUACACUCCAUUGGAGGUUGCAUCCCGAGAUUUGAAGGAAAUCCCGAACCUUGAAUCCAUAUAUGCAGGUUACAUUCCUCCUUGCUUGAGGCCUGAGAAACUGGAGGAUGUUGAUCAAUUUGAAGAUGCCCAAUCACAUACAUCUAGAACUACAUCUUUUUAAUGCAACAUGCAUCCUCCUUGCCUCGAUUAUGUCUUAGCGCAGCAUUUAUUCAUCUGCUAACUCACAGUUGGCGAUGAUCUUUACUUCCAGGACUGCAUAUAAAGUAGGUGUUUGCUUGCUCAAGAGUAGAAAAAAGUAUAGAUGCUGUUGAUUGGUUGUACAUGUGUGGGUGCUGUGUGUCUGUUGAUAGAAUUCUUCUGGGAUUGUAUUCAGCAUGCUAACUGUAGUGACUGAGGCCUACUAUAUUUUGGUUGUUUCUUUUCAUCUUUUCGGUUAUUGGUAAUACUGUGAUGUCGUAUAUAGUUUCUAGUUGCAUCUUGUGUACUUGAAGUUGUAGGGGAAAAUUACUUGAUGGGAUGUAAUUUGGUCUUUGUGAGAAGUUUGUAUGCAGUAUAUUGUUUUUAGCUA